UCGCGCAUUUCUUACGAGGUCAAAAUGACGUCGCCAGUAACGUUGAUUCUUCUUGGUCAAGCCUAUUUCAUCGGCUCGGCACUUGGCUUCCCGCCGAUAGUACCAAAUUGGUACGAGGAAAAUAGAGGUGAAAUUCAGUUGCAACUCCAGCCAGACGUUCCACCGGUCGUACAAAUUUCGAAGCGGCCGAUCUUGGAAUCUACCCAAAACGAACCUGAGUUUACGGCCAUCAAACGGGAUGAUGACAAGUCCACGUCUGGAAUUGUCGCACACGGAGUUGACAGAAACGCUGUUAAGUUGAACACGGCUGGAAAAAUUAGCGAAAAUGAAAGUGAUCAUCGAGUGAUUACCAUUAAAAAUUCGGACCGCGAGUCGAAAUCAUUCGCUAGGCUCGGCAAACUGGGUUCUUCCGGGCGCAUUGGUUAAAAAAAAAACCCAGAACGGUUAUCUGCUCGGGAAAAUAUUUGUAAAUAAAUAGAAUAAGUUAGAAUAAGUAGAAUACCAGA